AUGAUGCCAGAUUUAGUCGCCGACUCGAAUCGCACUGGACGGCGCGAAGAUGAGGAGGAGCGGGAGGAGGAUGAGGAGGGGGACGAGGAUGAGGAGGAGGAGGAGGAUGAGGAGGAGGAGGAGGAGGAUGAGGAGGAGGAGGAGGAGGAGGAGGAGGAGGCGCGAAUCGCAGAAGCGGAUAAGAAGUCAACUGCGAACCGCGCAAUGGCGGAGGAGGACGGCAGGGCCGGCAGGGGAUGGGGAAAAAAGGCGAUGUCGCGAAGGAAUGAGCGUUGCUUUGUUCGAGAACAAUGCUUCGCCGAUUGGAGAUUUCGCACGGUUUCGUACUGCAGGAGAGUUUCGCGUUCCGCGCUCGCGUGUCGCUCGCUCGUCGCCGGCGCGUCGAUUAUUUGCCGCCUCCGUCGCCCGUCCGUCAGCCCCGAUGCUCUCGCGAAUCGCGUCGAGUCUGCGGCAGAGCGUGCAGCGGCUGACACGUGGCGGGGGACCCGCGGUUUUGGCGGGAACGGACGACGCGGGAAAUAA